AUAUAUCUCUAUAAAAACCAACAGUUAAACUGGGGAUGUUUACAGAAUCAUUAAAUGAGUGAUCAUUCAUGUCAAUUCGUUUUAAGGGGUUCGUGUCAAUUCGAAGACGGUCUGACAUGAGAAACACUGACAGUUUUAUCACAACAAAGGAAUCCCUUUUGGAUGUGAUUGACACUGGGGGUGGCCUAAAGGUGUUAGCGUCUACACCCCACCUGAUCAGUUUGGGCAGCUUUUCCAUACCACUAACUAAGGAACUAAAUCAUAUCGACUGUGAGGAUGCAGAGUUACUGCAGAAUUAUCCGGGGAUCCAGCCGCACCGCUGUGUCAUCACUGACAGAGAUGGAGUCCUUACUUUACACCCCUGUGAAAAUAUCUGCAGUCAAGAUGGAAUUAAUAUCAGCCAGCCCACAAAGCUUACACAUGGGUGCACUCUUUGUCUGGGUAGAUAUUUUUUCCGUUUCAACCACCCAGAAGAGGCGAAUCGCAUGAAGAACAUGCUGCCGGAUAAGACUGCGCUGUCCCUUGGAACGGACGCAACAAAGCUUCAUUCCAAUGGCGGCACGUUGGGCACGUCCAGCAUCCGUGGCACUCGUUCGAAGGCGGAGCUUCAGGAGUUGAUGGAGAGCUUACAGCGCAGGAAAUCGGCUCUGGAAGCCAGUUUAAAAGCUACAGCAGAACGCGGUUACAUCACUCUAUCCCCACCUCCCAGUCCCCAAUCAGCUUCCAGCUAUCCACAGGAGCGCCCUCCUCUUUCUCUCAGAGUCCCCUCCCCUUACACACCCACCAGCAGCCUGAGCAUGCCCCCCUCCCCCCACCAAUCAGAGCGCCCCUUAAGUCCAGUCCCGAGCCAAACCCAUACCCGACACCAAUCACAGGAUAACCUGUUGCUUUGCCACUCAUCAGAUGCGCGCCACUCCAACACUACCAGCUCGCUCCUCACCAUGUGGAACGGCUCCACUUCCUCCUACAUGCCCGACGCUCCUCCUCCAUCUCGCCGGGGUCCAAGUGGGGCAGCCAGCAUGCCCUCCAGCCCCCGCUUGGGCCGCAGGCUGUUCUCACGAGACGGGGAGUCCGCAGCGGAGCCACCGCUCCGCCAGAGGAAAUACUCCACCGGUUCCCUAAACGGCCUCGGAGGUCAUAGCCGCUCUCUACCCAGGCUGUAUCGUGGAGACACUCCUAUGUUGUCUUUGCCACCCCGUCGCACCACCAAACCACGCCGUAGCCUUCCGGCCAUGGAGAAACCCCCAGAUGUGACGGUGAUAGCCAGCGUGCUCGGUAACUCUCGUAGGGCCAGUCUCUGUUCUGUGGGCUCUGCCCCAUGUUUGGACCUGGGCGUUGGAGAAAGGCGUAUGUCGUUUGGUAAAGGAGGCCUGGGGCCUGGCAUGGGGCAGAGGAGGGGUAGUAUCAGUUCGCUGAGUGGAAAAGAAGAGCUACACGAUUAUCAUCAGAGACAAAGAGAUGAGAGGCUGAGAGAACAGGAGGUGGAGAGACUGGAACGACAGCGUCUGGAGACCAUCCUGUGCCUGUGCUCUGAGUUCGGCCGGUCUGAUCUCAGCCGGGUGGAGACCGACUCUGGCGUCUCGGCCGUGUCUGACCUGCAGAAGAUCAAUCGUGAGCUGGAAAAGCUGCAAGUCUCGGAUGAUGAAUCCGUGUUCUCAGACUCUGCAGGAGUUUCUGUUGAGAGCGGGUUUGUGGGGAAGAGUCGAGGAGAGAUCCUGACCAAGAGACAUCGUAGACUCAGUGGACACAGAGAGACGAGAACCCAGUCGCCCACCACCUCCCUGCGGAGCUCAGCACCUUCACCAUCUCCUCACCUCCGCAGCAAGGUGUCUGAAGACAUGCAGCUGCGACAGGAAGUGACACGUAUAGAGGAGGAAAGAAUUCAGGUGCUCAACAACAUCGAGGAACUGGAGCAGAAGAUCAGAGAUCUGGACACACAGAUGGACGAGUCGCUCAGGGAGAUGGAGGUAGAGAGAGCUCUUCUGGAGGGGGAGCAGGAGGCCGAGUUGGCUCAGCUACAAAGCGACAAGGAAAUGCUGGAACAACUCAAUGAAAAAAUGGGCAGCAUGGGGAAAAGCACUCGGAACAAUCAGACUCAGGACACCGAAGCUUUGGAAAUAGAGACGAAGCGUUUUGAAGAUCUGGAGUUUCAGCAGUUGGAGAAAGAAAGCCGACAGGAUGAAGAAAAGGAGACUCAGACCCAGCAACUCCUCAGAGAGAUCGCUGAAUAUCAGAGAUCGCUCGUAAAUCGCAAGGAGAGGCUUCUUACCCUGAAGAAGCAGUCAACUCAGAUUACCCAGCAGGCCCAGCGGGAAAAAGAGAACUUCUUAAAGGAGAAGAGCAAUCUUAUUUAUAUGCUGCAGAGGGAGCGCGAGAAUCUGACGUCUCUAGAAAGGAAAUACUCAGAGCUCACAGGUGGUCAGGCUUUUCCCCUUAAUCCUGUGUCCAUGAAGGAGCACUUUCGUUCUUUGGAGGAGAGGAGGCGGAGCAAUGGCAACAAGGAGGGUGGAGCUCUGCUGACUGACAACGGCAUUUCCCGUAAGAGAGAGAGGCAGAGUUCCGGGAUAUUAAACUCUACCCUUAAUCGCAGUCUGUCUCCUAAGCCCCAUAUGCCACUGUCUCAGAGCUCAAGCUGUGGUAGUGUACUGCCUCGUACCCUCUCCGCCACCUCCCGUGACCUGGACACCCGCCGCCUGCUCAAGGCAGGUCAGAUGUUUCUAAAUGAAGAGAGGCAGCGAUUGAAUGAGAUGACCAAUAGGGCGGUUUCUGAGUCAAACGUCUACCUGGACCCGUUCCACUACAUGGAUAACGGACACAACUUUGACACAAUGAGUGUGGACAGUGCGGAGAGCCUGGAAACCAGCAUUUCCGCAUGCUCGCCUGACAACAUUUCAAGCACCAGCACUGCUAACAUGGUGAAGAUAGAGGAGAUGGAGCGAAUGUUGAGAGAAGCUCAAGCCGAGAAGAACAGAUUACUGGAACACAGGGAGCGAGAGAUGGAGUUGCGGAGACAGGCUCUUGAAGACGAGAGGAGGAGAAGGGAGGAGUUGGAGAGGAGACUUCAGGAGGAGACGAACAGACGACAGAAACUGGUGGAGAGAGAGGUGAAGCUGCGGGAGACCCAGACACGACCGUUGACACGUUACCUGCCCAUAAGGAAGGAUGACUUUGACCUGAGAGGUCACAUCGAGGCAGCAGGUCACCAUCCUGAGACAUGUUUUCACUUGGCCAUCACUGAGAAGACCUGCAGGGGCUUCCUGGUCAAAAUGGGUGGAAAAAUCAAAACCUGGAAGAAGCGCUGGUUCGUCUUUGACCGCAAUCGCAGGACGCUGGCAUAUUAUGCUGAUAAACAUGAAACCAAAAUGAAAGGUGUGAUAUACUUCCAAGCCAUAGAGGAAGUCUACUACGACCAUCUGAAGAACGCACACAAGAGCCCGAACCCCUCCCUGACGUUCAGCGCGAAGACACAUGACCGCGUUUAUUAUAUGGUUGCUCCUUCUCCAGAGGCCAUGAGAAUCUGGAUGGAUGUUAUCGUCACUGGAGCGGAAGGAUACACCCACUUCCUGGUGUGAGCGGGACUCAUCUUUGUUAAACAACACAAAAUGACCUUCAUGGUUCAGUCCUGCCCGCUGAAAGGGUCCUGGUGCUGGAUUUCAUUCUUUCCAAAAUAUUUGGAUUGAUCAGUUGUUUGGAGGAGAGCCUCAACUGAAUGUUCUGCACUCAUCCAGGUAUAUGAUGUGGUGCUUUAGACAAAGGCAGCUCUUAGACUUCAAAGGUACCGUUCAACAGCUCUUUCCGUGGUGAGAUCUGAAUAAGAAAUCACUCACAUGGUCUUUAUUACUAAAGCAUCCUGCAAAGCGCAAACUGGCGAUACGUCUUGAACUGAAGAUACCUCAAAGAAACAACAGGUCUUGUUCUUCAUCGUUUAUUAAAACGAGACGCCAAAGACUUCCUGAUGUGCCAUACAGAUAUACCAGUUUACCUUAACAAAUUAGUAUUCUAGUGUCGGUACUGUUUUUAUAUCCAUGUAUAUAAAUGUAUCUGUAGCCCCUGCUACUUGAAGCUUUUUAACCAUGUAUCAAUGAUGCACGUUUAUUUUGUUCCUGUUCUUCAUUAAGUGCCUUCCAUACAUUAUUAUCUAAGUAGCUAUAUAUUUAGCACAGAUUUGAAUAAGGGUAUUAACAGACUGUGUUGUAUUUAAUAGUUGUGCAUCCCUGUUGCUCAGAAACAUUCUGGAUAAACAGCACACAUAUAGCGCACCAAAGACGAGCUGAAUUUCUAUUUCAGCAUGAUUGAAUGUAACUGCAUGUACCCAUCAUUUAAAUGCAAUUUUUAAGGAUGAAGAAUAACGUAGCUAAAAACUUCAACAGGGAUAUGUUGAAAAGCUGAAUUCAGUCUUUCAUCAGGUGCACUGACCUUCUGUCGUUGGUUUCAAUGAACGCGCAGUACCGCAACUGACCAGCAGAGGGUGUUAAUGUCACUUCGCUUUCAGUGACAUUUUUUGAGAGUGAAUUUUAUGAAUCUAAUUCAAAUUCAAUGUCAAUAUUUUAAUUGCCUUGUUUACCAACAGAUCUAUAUGCAUAUCUAAGCUUGUGUGUCGGAUAUUUUAUUUUAAAUAUAAAGGAUCGUAAUUUCAUUUCUUAGUGAGAAUAUGAUGAUGAUGUGAAUAUUAAUAUUGGAAGUAUAAAUAUGUGACAUGGUUGAUUUUCUAAGAAAAUAUGAUGGUACAUGUGCUGUAUGGCAACAAAACGUUGCCUUUUUGGAUUGUUGUCUGUGGAGACCAAUUAGUUCUGCAUGAGCCAUUCAGGAUGAGCCGUUCUUCAUCCUGAUAUAAAAAUACACCAGACAGCCGUUUGUCAAAAACAUUCAUAUAAUUCCUAUCAACAAGAGUUAAUACUUUUAGGUGACUAUAUCAUUCUAAAAGGUGUUCUGCAACAGUAAUGCUGGAUUACCUACAGUUUAAAAAACAUUUUUACAGUAUUUCCACGUGUAAUCUAAAAACCUGUUAUUUUACAGAAUUUUUCAUGUAUUUUUGAAAAACCAUAAAAUUACAGAGGAUAAAACGAGGAAAACAUGUAAUUUUACAGGAAAAAACUGUUUAUUACGGCCACCCUCAGCUGCCAGAAAAUUCCCGUAUUUUACAUUUACAGUGUAUGCAUUUUAUGGAUAGAUGGAAGCAUUAGUAAAAAAUAAAUAGUUUGUUGAUGAAAUAAGCUUCACAAUGGGCUAUUGAAGUAGCAUCCUCAGAUUUAAGUUGUGUCCAUUAUCAGGUUCAUUUGGUACAGCACAUUACUGCAAAAGCACAGCAGUGUUAUAUAGAGAGUAGCAUCCUUCAUAACAAUUAGCUAUUUAAAAUGUAUCAUGAUAUUUUUGUAUACAGCUUUUUCAGUAUUUUUAUAAAACUUCAGUGUUUAUGGGAUAAAGCAAUAUUUUUAUUGUCAGCAUGAUUUUUAUUCUCAUUUAAAUAUAUAGGCUCAUUUAAAAUGUGAACUAUAAUAAAAUCUCUGUAUGACGAGUCAUUUUUAUGUUGUUCAUAUCUGCAUUCAGGAAUUUGUGGCUUUGCCCUAAAUGUUUGUUUGUUUAUGCAUCAUUGUUAUGAUGAAUAACUGCAAAAUAUCUGAAAUUGUGAUGGUCCUGAUAACACAUUUCCAGCUCGCCUCUCACCUCCCCUUCACCCAUAACACGUGACCAAGUGUGAUUCAAUUAAUUCAUUACAACCGGAGCCCAUCUGUCACAUACAUCACCCAUCCUUUACUCAAAACUCUAGCAAUAUUUGUACAUACUGUACUUUUUGAUCACACCCCAUACUGCAUUCAGAAAUGACGUGUGUAACGUGAGAGUCCAUUUUAGAACU